AUGGAUAUAAAGACCUUGCUGGACAAUCUUCAUGAUGAAGUAUCCUGUUCUGUGUGUAUGUGUCCAUUCACUGAUCCAAAGCAGUUGCCUUGUUUGCACAGUUUCUGUCUUAAAUGCCUAAACGGAAUUCAACGAACGAGCGGCUUGCGUGGUAAAAUUACAUGCCCUGAGUGCAGGAGACCGUUUCAGAUUUCUGGAAGUGGAAAUCCCAGCGAACUUCCCACUAAUUUUCGAAUAAACAGCCUGCUAGAUGUCUUAGCAAUAAAAGAGUGCAGUACAGUCAACGUCAAAUGCAGAAACUGCGACAAACGGAGCGCCAAGACCUUAUAUUGCUUCCAGUGUUGUUCCUUCUGGUGUGAAGAAUGUAUUGUAGGACAUAACAUAAUUCGAGAAAAUAAAGAUCACAGAACGCUAGCACUAAAAUAUUUUCGAGAUCAAGACAUCAAGGCUGUUUUAGAGCGACCAGCAUUUUGUCAGAAGAAACACCAUGAAAACAAAGAGUUGGAGCUCUUUUGCAAGGACUGUAAAGUCGCCAUUUGUAGCGCUUGUGCCAUGACACUUCAUGAAGGUCAUGGUAAGAUGCUUUUGCAAGAAGCUACACAUGCCCGCAAGACACAGAUCAAAUCCACUAUUAAAUCUUUGAAAGACAAAGCACUGGAAAAACGAAAGAAAGUAGAAAAAAUGAACCAAAAGAGCAUCGAACUUCAAUCGCAAGUAGCCGACGUAAAAAGUCAAGUGCAGUCCUUUGUAGACCAAAUUAUUGCAAUCAUCGAAGCGAGGAAGCAGGAUGUUUUUGAUGUGAUUGAUAAUCAAGCGAAAAAAUCACUGGAAUCUCUGUCACAGAAAAAAGACGAAGUCGACAAACAAGUGAAAUUAAUUGAAUCAGCAAUUGAACAAACUGAAACUCUGUUGAAACGAAGCUUUAGUACUGAAAUCCUUGGAUUCAGUGAAACAUUUGAUACAAUCCUGCGGGAACAGAGCAGUCAAGAAAACCGUGACACUGAAUGUAUUCCUCGAUUUAGUUUUACUAAAAGUGAAAAACUGAUUAGCCUUUUGAACAUGAGCGAGGGGAUAGGUAAUGUAGAAUUUGUAGUUAACGAACCUAAAUCGCAACAAUCGGGAACUAAAGGUAAAGAAAGUAGUAACGUAAUUGCUGGGAAUAAAGGGGCAAAUGUUCGUGACAGCCACGGUCCUCUUGAGACUCAGGUACAAACCAGGCGCUUCAGAUCUGUGCUGUCAUUUGGACGAUACGGUAAGUCUGUUGGAAUGCUCGACCGUCCCUGGGGGGUGGCAGUGAAUGAUCAGGAUGAAAUUGCUGUGACUGAGUCGGGUAGCCACAGGGUUUUAGUGUUUGGUAGUGACGGUACCCACUUAAGAUCGUUUGGUAGGUCGGGUAAGAAUAAUGGUGAGUUCCAGUACCCUGAAGGGAUCGCUUUUGAUAGUCAUGGCAAUAUUCUAGUGGCAGACAGGAAUAACUGCAGGGUGCAAGUCUUUGAUAGGAAUGGUAACUUUCUUAGUAUGUUUGGUGAAAAAGGGAGUCGUGAUAAUCAGCUUCAAUACCCUAAAGGUUUAUCAAUAAACGGUAACGGUGAUAUUAUUGUUGCUGAUACCGAUAACAAAUUAAUCAAGAUAUUCUCCUCUAGUCACAACUAUUUACGUAAAUUUGGUGGCGCAGGUUCUUUGGUCGGUCCCUUUCACUGUAUCCAACACGGUCAAUAUUUUAUAGUCUCAGAUGCGGGUGAUCAUGCCAUUAAAAUGUUUGAUCUUGAGGGAAAAUUUAUUUCUAAAUUUGGAAAACAGGGAAACAAGUAUGGAGAGUUCAAUAAGCCCCGUUACUUGUCAGUCAACAAAGAAGGAUUGCUAAUGGUCUGUGAUGCAGAAAAUCACAGAGUUCAGGUAUUUGAACUGAGUGGAAAGUUUGUUACAAAGUUUGGAAGUGAAGGUAGUGAGAGAGGAGAGUUCAGGUUUCCAAGGUCUUUAGCAAAUCUUAGUGAUGGAAGGAUAGUUGUGUGUGAAAUGAAUAACAACCGAAUCCAAGUGUUUGACAAGAUAUAA